AUGACGCCUUCAUCACCACAUAGGUCAUCUCAGCAGACGAGCGUGUCUGUAUCACAGCCCCUUGCAAGCGGAAACGCAUUAUCACAACUACAGCCAGCACAGGUCAGAACGCUGAGGGACGGAUUCCAGAUUUUAGAUCGAGACUGUGAUGGCAUGGUGAAUCGCGAAGACGUCGCUGACAUGUUGAGCCAGUUGGGUCUUCCCAAUAGCGCGUCUGAUGUUUCACAAUUUUUUCCUCCAUCAAAAUCACAGACCAUUGCAUUGGCGGCAUUCUUGAACUCGUUAGCAGAAACAUUAUGUCAACUUUCGCCCAGCGCGGAGCUGCUUUCGGCAUUCUCCGCUUUUGAUGACGAUGACAGUGGUCAGGUAGACUGGGCCGAGCUCAGAGACGCGCUGCUCAACACGGCGCCGGAACCUGGCGAGCGACCUCUGGCUGCGGCUGAGGUUGAGCGUGUCGUCAAUGGCUUCACCGGCCGACGAGCCUUCAAUCGAAACAUCAAUGCGCAGUUGGGUGCCAAGAAGGGUGAGGUGUUCAAGUAUAACGAGUUUGUCAACUCCAUCAUGGGAUCUAAUGGGGCGUCGGAAGGAUCGUCGCAAGAGAACUCGGAGGAGCAAUAA